GCGAGUCGAAAUGUACGUGCACACGCAUCAGCAACUCUCUGGGGCGAUAGAAACUGGCCGGGGGAGUGUCACUGGAUAGAAGCACUUUCUUCCUGUUUCACUCCAACUAGCUAACUUCGAUUUAUUCCUUGUCAUUUUGUGAGUGUCGGAGAACAUUAGCUCCACAAAAGUCAUCCUUAGCUCGCGAGCUACUUGCCAGCUGCUGCUAGCACGCAUUUCACGACCCCGGGCUUCGUGUCGAGGUGGUGAGACCAUCUAAGAGUUGGUGUGUUUCCAGGUGUGGAGCAUGUGGACGUCCUGCUGUAACUGGUUCUGUCUGGACACUUCCACGGUGGAGGAGAGCAACAGCAGCAUGCGUCACCAGGCCUAUACUAACUCAGGUUACAGCAGCUACCCAUCGCCCCCACUCCCGGAACACACAUGCAAAGCCUGCGGAAGCCGCUUCGUCACCCUUGCCAGAAAGCAUGUCUGCGUGGACUGCAAGAAGAACUACUGCGGCAGUUGUUCGGCCCAGCUUGAGCCCCGGCAACGCCUUUGCCACACUUGCCAGCGGUUUCACGGCACGCUUUUCGAGCGCACCGAGCUGAUGAAGCUCAAGGUGAAGGACCUGCGCGACUACCUCCACCUGCACGAGGUCUCAACACAGAUGUGCCGUGAGAAAGAGGAACUGGUGGAGCUGGUCCUGGGACAGCAGACACCAUCAUCCUCUGGCCCAAUCAUAAACCCUCUGACCCAAACACAGACCCCCACCGUGACCCAGCAUGAGACAACUCCUCUUCCAGCCCCUACUACCACCACCACCACACCCUCCACACACCCCGACCCCACCUCCACAGACAAUGUCCCUUCACAGCUGCCACCCACUCAGGAGGGCAGUCAGACCCCGUCUGUGUUGUUGCCCUUGGGUCCUGAGGAGCCACUGGACACUGAGGGAGAUACAGAGCUGCAGGGAGAGCAGGAGCUGCAGUCCUCAGACACAGAUGAGGUACUGGCACCAGGCCGCAGGGCGUCGCUGUCAGACCUGGCCACGGCAGAUGACAUCGAGGCCCUCAGCGUCCGGCAGCUCAAGGAGAUCCUAGCCCGUAACUUUGUCAACUACAAGGGCUGCUGCGAGAAGUGGGAGCUAAUGGAGAGGGUCACCCGCCUCUACCGUGACCAGAAGGACCUCCAGAAUCUGGUUUCAAGAACAAAUGACGGCACAGACCCCAGUGGUACCCCUGGCCAGGAAGAGAACCUGUGUAAGAUCUGCAUGGACUCUCCUAUUGACUGUGUCCUGCUGGAGUGCGGCCACAUGGUCACCUGCACCAAGUGUGGCAAGAGGAUGAACGAGUGCCCCAUCUGCAGGCAGUAUGUGGUGCGCGCCGUUCACAUCUUUAGAGCCUGAGACCUACUAAGCCUUGGGAAUCUUCCCCCCCACCUACCUCCCGUAAAUUAACAAGGGACUUGCUACAUGUGGCCUUUACCACCCAUAGGGCGGCAGGGUAGCCUAGUGGUUAGAGCGUUGGACUAGUAACCGGAAGGUUGCAAGUUCGAACCCCCGAGCUGACAAGGUACAAAUCUGUUGUUCUGCCCCUGAACAGGCAGUUAACCCACUGUUCCUAGGCCGUCAUUGAAAAUAAGAAUUUGUUCUUAACUGACUUGCCUAGUUAAAUUAAAAUAAAAAAAAUUGGCUAGACCAGGUGUAUUCAACUCUUACCAUAUGAGGUCCGGAGGCUGUUGGUUUUCUGUUCUACCUGAUACAUAUUUGCAUCUACCUGGUGUCCAGUCAGGACACCAGGUAGAGGUAGAGGGGAAAGCAUUGGAACUGGCUUUGAGGUCCAGAGUUGAGUUUGAGGGGACUAACCUCCUCUCCCUCCAGUUCUCCACUGCUCUGAUGGUCCUGGAGACCCAGAGUACUGGUUCCCCCUGCUGGAGGGAUGACCAGGGGAGGUUAUACCUUCAAGAAACCACACAAACCCAAUGACUGGACAUGGGCACUUCCUCCUUUUAUUGACUGGACUCCUACAGCUCAUAUCUUAAAGCCGAUAAGGAUAUUAUGUCAUAUUAUUAGAAUAAGAGUGCCUAAUAACAAAUAUGUAUUUUUCCUUUGGAGACCUACUACUAGUAAAUACAGUAAGGGGUCAUAUAUGACCCCUUACUGUAUAUGUAUGUAUGUAUGUAUGUAUGUAUGUAUGUAUGAAGGAACUGUGUAUAUACAUACACACACACACACACACACACACACACAGUUCCUUCGUAUUCAGAACCCUAGACUUUUCCCACAUUUUGCUACGUUACAGCCUUAUUCUAAAAUGUAUUCAGUUAUUUUUUCCCCCUCAUCAAUCUACACACAAUACCCCACAAUGACCAAGCAAAAACGGUUUCUUAAAAAAAAAAAGUUUGCUAAUUUAUAAAAAAUAUAAAACUGAAAUAUCACAAGUAUUCAGACUCAGUACUUUGUUGAAGCACCUUUUUGGCAGCAAAUACAGCCUCGAGUGUUCAUGUGUAUGACUCUACAAGCAGAUCCUGCAGAUCCUCUCAAGCUCUGUCAAGUUGGAUGGGGAGCGUUACAGCACAGCUAUUUUCAGGUCUCCAGAGAUGUUCGAUCGGGUUCAUGUCUGGGCUCUGGCUGGGGGUACUCAAGGACAUUCAGAGACUUGUCCCAAAGCCACUCCUGUGUUGUCUUGGCUGUGUGCUUAAGGUUGUUGUCAUGUUGAAAGGUGACCCUUCUCCCCAGUCUGUGGUCCUGAGCACUCUGGAGCAGGUUUUCAUCAAGGAUCUCUUUAUUUUGCACCGUUCCCUCGAUCCUGACUGGUCUCCCAGUCCAUGCUGCUGAAAAACAUCCCCACAUCAUGAUGCUGCCACCAUGCUUCACCGUAGAGAGGGUGCCAGGUUUCCUCCAGACGUGACGCUUGGCAUUCAUGCCAAAGAGUACAAUCUUGGUUUCAUUAGUCCAGAGAAUCUUGUUUCUCAUGGUCUGAGAGUCCUUUGGUGCCUUUUGGCAAACUCCAAGCAGGCUGUCAUGUGCCUUUUACUGAGGAGUGGCUUCCAUCUGGCCACUCUACCAUAAAGGCCUGAUUGGUGGAGUGCUCCACAGAUGGUUGUCCUUCUGGAAGGUUCUCCCAUCUCCACAGAGGAGCUCUGUCAGAGUGACCAUCAGGUUCUUGGGCACCUCCCUGACCAAGGCCCUUCUCCACCGAUUUCUCAGUUUGGCAGAGCGGCCAGCUCUAGGAAGAGUCUUGGUGGUUCCAAUCUUCUUCCAUUUAAGAAUGAUGGAGGCCACUGUGUUCUUGGGGACCUUCAAUGCUGAGAAAAAAACAUGUUGUACCCUUCUCAAGAUCGGUGACUCAACACAAUCCUGUCUCAGAGCUCUACUGUUCCUUCGAUCUCAUUGCUUGUUUUUUGCUUUGACAUGCACUGUCAACUGUUGGACCUUAUAUAGACAGGUGUGUGCCUUUCCAAAUCAUGUCCAAUAACUUGAAUUUGCCAAAGGUGGACUCCAAUCAAGUUUUAGGAAUAUGAUAAUCAAUGGAAACAAAAUGCACCUGAGAUCAAUUUCGAAUCUCAUAGCAAAGGGUCUGAAUACUUAUGUAAAUAAGGUAUUUCUUUUUUUAAUAAAUUAGCUUUGUCAUUAUUGGGUAUUGUGUAUAGAUUGACGAGAAACAUUUCAUUUAAUCCAUUUUAGAAUAAGGCUGUAACGUAACAAAAUAUGGAAAAGGGGACGGGGCCUGAAUACUUUCCGAAUGCAUUGUAUAAGCCCCAAGUGCUCUUAAUAAUAGAUUGGAUUCAUGUAACUGUUAGAGUUGAACCCCAGUAAAAGGGAAAGCAGUUACAUUAGUGGUUGAGCUGAGAACACAUCCAUAGGAUUUCUCUGUGUCUGUCGUUUCUCUGCAUUUGGAAAAGCAGCAACGUCCCCUGUGGUGGUCGAGUUUAAAAGCCUUAAGUCUGUUAAGGGUUCAGAGCUUGAUAAGUUACAGCGGCCAGGGAAAUACCUGCAGAUUGGGGCUGGCUGGCUCGCAUUCUCCCAGCGUGCCGCUUGUCCCUGGGGCCUCCAACUCAAAAGUGCGUUGCUGUGUGCCAGAAAUGAAAUGCGUGCUUGUUCUGUAACCCAUAGACACUGCAUACAUUGUUUCUCAAUUAAGCCAGUUGACAUAAGCAAAGUUGACAGACGUUCACUCAAUCCCUCUGCUGUGGAAUCAGGUGGACACACGGUUUUAGUGCUUACACGUUAGCCUGGUCCCAGAUCUGUUUAUGCUGAAUUGCCAACUCCUAUGGUUAUUGUCAUGUCAAACCGAGAGUACCCUGAAGGAGAGGCCUUUUUUCCCCAUGCAAAUGGCACUACCCACCAUACUUUGUACGUACACACUACGGGUGCCAUGCACCAACGAGGAGAGCGGACCGUGAAGGUGACAAGGACCAGAGACAUCCUGACCAGCGCAACAAACUAAUGAGGCAGAAUUACUUAAGAAGCUUCUGACCUAAGGGGUUUGCAUGACAACGACCAUAGGAGUUGGCUAUACAGCACAAACAAAUCCGGGGACCUGGCUACUUAUGCUGACAGUGGGAGAGAAUAUGUGGAUCAGUGGUCCUUCACUACUCCAACUAUAUCCAAGUGCUUUAUCCUUCCAAUACUCAACCGCUCGUUGACUGUAUUGAUAUCUUUCAACAUUGACCAAAGGCCCUUACCCAUGCUAUAGUAUUUAGAAUUUAGAUAAAUUCAACCAUGUCAGGAUAGCCUGGUGUAUAGCUAGAUCUAGUUGUGCAUAAUGUGUUUUCAUGACACAUGUACAUGAAAGAUGAGUUGUCAAAAGUACAAGCAGAUAUUUGGCAUUGCCCAAGAUGAAGGUUAACUCUUAAAGACAUCUCAUCUGUUUGGCUGUUUGGUUAAGUACCUUAACUCCAAGAUCAUUAAUUAAAUCGAGUUGAGUGCAGACUAGAGUUAUUUAGAAAAAAUAUAUAUAUUUACGAACCUCCAACUCCUUCGAGUCGCUGUGCAGUUGAUACUUUAUCCCGUACCAUGUUUGUCCUCUGUUUGCAUGCCUUUCUUUGCUGAAAUCCAUACUUUUUAAUAAAACUUAGUCAAAUACAACCACUGACUGUUUCCUUUUUGAGAUUUAAUUGACACACCCACAUUCAUGCUGAGUUGCCAUCUUAGAACAACAGCAAUGAAAAAACAGUCGGUUGUAUUUUGAUUAACGUGUAAUUAAAAAGUAGCCAUUUUUGCAAACAAAGGCCUGAAACAACAAAGAUAGGUACACGGUAAGGGUUUAAGAAUUUACAUUUUUGAAGAAUCGACUCCAUAGUGAGUUGGGAGGUUCAAUUCAACUCUAGUCUGUGCCCAACUUUGAGUUGAGGAACUUGGCUACCGUUUGGCAUGAGUCUAAAGGUUCAACAAUGGUGAAAGUGUCUUGAACAAUGCAUUGUCCAUGACCAGCUAUAGGUAUAACGCUCUGAUUUAAUGACAGGUAGUUGAGUGGUUUGCAUACUCCAGUGCUAGACCUCCAGUCCCUCCCUAUCCCUACUGACCAUAAUGAAAGAGACUCUUAAUAAGUGGCUUUCAAAAACCAGCACCUUUAUUCAUGACAGUGAGCACACAAUGUACUUUUGAAAAGAAUGCAACGUUGUGAAAUCGUGUGCUUGAUCGGUUAGAUGGAAAAUGUGUAUUGUCAAGAUGAUAGAGCACUAAGCUACAUUAAAUCAAUUAAGCUCUGUAUAGCAUAAGGAAGGAGUCUGGAAUUAAGAUGGCUCCUUUUUGUCCCAAAUUUCACCCUCUCCCCAAAAUAGUGCACUAUAUAUAGGGGAUGGGGUGCAAUUUGGGACACCGGCAUUGCUUGAUGAAAAGAAGUGUACUUGACCUACAGUACCAGUCAAAAGUUUGGACACACCUACUUAUUCAAGGAUUUUUCUUUGUAGUGAAGACAAUGUAGAAAAUAGUAAAAAAUUAUCUAUGAACUAACACAUGGCAUCAUGUAGUAACCAAAAAAGUGUUAAACAAAGAUUAUUCUGAGUAGCCAUCCUUUGCCUUGAUGACAGCUUUGCACACUCUUGGCAUUCUCUCAACUAGCUUAACAUGGAAUGCUAUUCCAACCGUCUAGAAGGAGUUCCCACAUGCUGAGCACUUGUUGGCUGCUUUUCCUUUACUCUGCAGUUUACUCUGCAGUUAACUCUUUUUAUUUAUUUAAAUAUUUUUUAUAUAUAUUGACUUUCAGAUGCCAAGUCUUGGUCAUGAUAUGGUUUCAGUUUUUAAUUUUUUUUUAACCAUCUCAAUUGGGUUGAGGUUGGGUGAUUGUGGAGGCCAGGUCAUCUGAAGCAGCACUCAUCACUCUCCUUCUUGGUCAAAUAGCCCUUACACAGCCUGGAGGUGUGUUGGGUCAUUGUCUUGUUGAAAAACAAAUGAUAGUCCCAUUAAGUGCAAACCAGAUGGGAUGGUGUUUUGCUGCAGAAUGCUGUGGCCAUACUGGUUAAGUGCGCUUUGAAUUCUAAAUAAAUCACUGACAUUGUCACCAUCACACCUCCUACAUGCUUCAUGGUGGAAACGACAUGUGUAGAUCAUCCGUUCACCUACUCUGCGUCUCACAAAGACACGGCGGUUGGAAUAAAAAAUGUCACAUUUUGACUCAUCAGAUCAAAGGACAGACUUCCACCGGUCUAAUGUUCAUUGCUCAUGUUUCUUGGCCCAAGCAGGUCUUCUUACUCCUUUAGUGGUGGUUUCUUUGCAGCAAUUCGACCAUGAAGGCUUGAUUCACGCAGUCUCCGCUGAACAGUUGAUGAUUAGAUGUCUGUUGCUUGAACUCUGUGAAGCAUUUAUUUGGGCUGCAAUUUCUGAGGCUGGUAACUAAUGAACUCUAAUGAAUGGAGCCAGUUUCAUCAUAGCGCUUGAUUGUUUUUGCGACUGCACUUGAAGAAACUUUCAGUUCUUGAAAUGAUCCAGAUUUACUGACCUUCAUGUCUUUAAAGUAAUGAUGGACUCAUUUCUCUUUGCUUAUUUGAGCUGUUAUUGCCAUAAUAUGGACUUUGUCAUUUACCAAAUAGGUCUAUCUUCUGUAUACCACCCCUACCAUGUCACAACACAACUGAUUGGCUCAAAUGCUUUAACAAGGUACACCUGUUAAUUAAUUGAAAUGCGUUCCAGAUGACUACCUCAUGAAGCUGGUUGAGAAAAUUUCAAGGGUGUGCAAAGCUGGCAAAGCGUGGGUACUUUGAAGAAUCUGAAAUAUAUUUGGAUUUGUUUAACCCUUUUUUGGUUACUACAAAAACUAUUUCAUAGUUUUGAUGUCUUCACUAUUAUUAUACAAUGUAGAAAAUAAUAGUAAAAAUAAAGAAAAGCCUAUGAAUGAGUAGGUGUGUCCAAAAUUUUGACUGGUACCAUAUUUUUCUUACUGAUAAAUGAGGCCUUUUGAAUUUAUAUUUACUUGACUUUGAUUUUUAGGUUGCGAUUAGAUUUUUAGCAUCUGCAAAAGAGUUCAUAAAUACCAUUGAAUUUACGGGCCUUGAAUUUACAGAUGUGACUUGUCUUUAUUUUCCACCAGAUCUCUUAACAGCAUUUUGAGCCAAACAUUAUAUUUUCUUAACUGCUUUGAUACAUCUCUGAAAGACUCUUUAAUAUAAAAACUACCAAAUAAUUGUAGGUACAUUCUUCUGAAUUUCUUCUAAUAAAAAUAUUUCCACAUUU